AUGAGUUGGCCCACCUACUGUACAACUGGCAGGCGACACAAUGUGUCACACAAAAUCUCCCACAUAAGUGACGUGCCGACCGUCAUUGUGACUUUAUCGCAUGAUUUUUGCAUUACUGAUGAUGAUGAUGAUGAUGAUGAUGAUGAUGAUGAUGAUGAUGAUGAUGAUGUUGAUGCUGAUGAUGAUGAUGAUGAUGAUGAUGAUGAUGAUGAUGAUGAUGAUGAUGAUGAUGAUGAUGAUGAUGAUGAUGAUGAUGAUGAUGAUGAUGAUGAUGAUGAUGAUGAUGUUCAAACAAUUGCUUUCAAGUAUGCAUUUAUGACCGAACAGGGUCAUAUGGUAGUGAGCUAUGAGCGGGAGAGUUUUGUCAAGUAAAGUGGUUCCCGAGGGUUUUGCACGACUUCUCGGUCCUGUUUCGGCGCAUUUGAGGAAUUACCACCAGACCAGUAUGUGCCAGGGACUAGGCCGUUUGAAGCACACACACGACAGUUCGACCGUCGAUUUCGACGAUGUCCACCGUAUGCCCCACAGACUGCAUUGUGGAGCAGGGACGGUGACUUGCGCAGGGGUUUAUAGUGCGGGUAGACUUGCGCUGCAUCUACCUACACUCUCUCCUCCUCCCCCGCCUGGGUCCGGUGUCAAGACAGAGUCAAGAAGACCGGAGACGAGGGAGGCCGCAGGUGGAUGGCUCGGACGGAUCCUCAGCUUGGCGCUCCACUCCGCACCCCCUGGUCCACACACAAAUGACCAGGAUUUUGACCACAAAACAAUGGGGUGGUGGCAGGUCCAGUUGUGCGACGAAUGCCGACAACAGGGUCCGCCAACGCACCCCGCAAAUGUUGGCAUUUGUUAUUACGCAAAGAUAACGCCUGCCAGAGUCCGAUGUGGCUCCCGUGUUGGUCCAGCGGAUCUAACACGUGGCCCGUUUGGAGGGCACAGAAGCACACCCACACACACACACACACACACACGCACAUCCACCUCCUGUCAUUUUGUAACUGUCUUGAUACCGGAGCGAAAUUGCUGAGGGGAGGAGAGAAUGUGGUAGGUGCUGUAUAAGUCUGCCCCACCAUAAAGUAAUUCACGUGUUAGUCCCCGGUGCCAUCCCCAAUCCUUGAGGCACGCAGUGGUCGUCGUGGCUUGCGCUAAUUGAACUGUGAUAUGUGAGAGGGAUGUGCGUCUACAGGGUGAACAGGUUGGUGUAACCGGUUGAAUACGUAUAUCGGUCAUAUGGGUACGUACAGGCGUGACAUGCGUGAUAAUUGUCAUGCACGCAGGUACGAGCGCAUUGGUUUUCUAGGCAGGCGGUGAUGGUCGGCCGGAUUAGUUAUGCUGUUAUUUGGCAGGUCGUACUUUCGAAGAAGGCGAAACGGUGAUCUUCAGUCAGUCUGUCACAGACGGCACAGAAGCAAAACGGAAAAGCAUGAUCACACACUCUGUGACUGUUCGACCAUCGCGAUUUCCACCAUGAGUCCCUUAGAAUGAACGCAGUACCGAGGACAGGCGCGUGAGUCAGGCUUGCGUAGCAUCCAUCUCACCGUCCCUUCCCUCACUAGCUUUACUCUGAUAAUACGACAAUGUCAAGACGACCACAGGUCAGCGCGGGCGCAGUGGUCGACACAGAUAGCCCAUCCGUGUGCAGCACACACGAUCUGGUCCGCAUUACAUGCGACAGUUCGGACAAGCGAAAGGCCAGGCCAUCUUCAUGCUAAAUAGCCAUCCAUCAGCCUAUGACAGUCCCCUUUGCCAUAUACCCGGCCGCUUCCACAAGCCUCCUCACUUGUGCUAUCUCCCUUACUCAGUACACGCCCUAUUUCUAAUCAACAUUCUGUUGUGCAUACAUAACAGUCUUGUUUUCAUGGACUCCCGGAAUAUAAUCGAUCCCGUCUCACACAAUAUUCCGGUCAGUUAACGAAGAGCCUGAAAAGGUUUGUUUCGAAAGACUUGCUCCAAGUUCGCACAUUAGUUUCCUCGGAAACUAAACAAGGCAAGUUGAAACUGGAGUUCAUAUACCAGAAAACACACGGGGAAGCUGGGGACCGGCUGACGAGCCGAACUCCUCGCAUCUGCGUCAGGCAGCGGCAUAAGAUUGGCGAAGGACGCGCGUCUGGGCUUUCAGUUGAUACCUGUGUUGUUCGAACGGUAAAUCAUUGCCCAAUUCUAUACUACUGGCUGCCUGCUGGCGGUUAUUCCGCAGUAGCUGAUGGAUUUCAACUCAAAUAUUCAUAUCAAAUUUCAAACUGUGCCUGAAAAGGCCUGUUUCGAAAGAGUUACUCCAAGUUCGCGCAUUAAUUUCCUCGGAAAUUAAGCAAGGCAAAUUUGUUCCUUUCCAUUUGACCAUAUGUCAAAUUGAGCAACGCAAUCUUGACGUUGCAGUAAUUCCUCAGGCGUCCGCAGCAUAAUUUCCUAUAAACGUGGCGACUACUUAAGUAUGUACGCUGGACAGGAAAGACCACUAAUGUGCAAUAAUUUACCGUACUAACAACACAGGUAUUAGCUAAAAGCCCAGACACGCGUUUUUCGCCGAUCUUGUGCCGCUGCCUGACGCAGCUGCAACGGGUUCGGCUCGUCAGCCGGUCCCCAGCUUUCCCCGUGUGUUUUCUGAUAUAUAAACUCCAGUUUCAACUUGCCUUGCUUAAUUUCCGAGGAAACUAAUGCGCGAACUUGGAGCAACUCUUUCGAAACAGACAUUUUCAGGCACGGUCCAAAGUUUAGUAUGGAUAUUUGAACUGAAAGCCAUCAGCUACUGCGGAAUAACCGCUUAAUAUUCACAAACCGCCAACAGGCAGCCAGUAGUAUAGCAUUGUGCAAUAAUUUACCGUACUAACAACACAGGUAUUAGCUAAAAGCCCAGACACGCGUGUUUCGCCGAUCUUGUGCCGCUGCCUGACGAGCCGAAUCCCUCGCAGCUGCGUCAGGCAGCGGCACAAGAUCGGCGAAACACGCGUGUCUGGGCUUUUAGCUAAUACCUGUGUUGUUAGUACGGUAAAUUAUUGCACAAUGCUAUACUACUGGCUGCCUGUUGGCGGUUUGUGAAUAUUAAGCGGUUAUUCCGCAGUAGCUGAUGGCUUUCAGCUCAAAUAUCCAUGCUAAACUUUGGACCGUGCCUGAAAAUGUCUGUUUCGAAAGAGUUGCUCCAAGUUCGCACAUUAGUUUCCUCGGAAAUUAGACAAGGCAUGGAUGGAUUUUAUUCAGAUCAGGUGAUUUGGCACUCUUCUAUCGGACGAAUGCCAAACGUUUUUGUCACUUUGGUUGGUGGACUGGAGGAGGAACUUGAUUCCAGUGUGACUGCCAAAUGAAAAAAACACAGGAAAAACUGAUGAAUCGUUCAGCCACUAGUCUCUAGUGCUCCCAUGUUCACGUUCGCCACCACUGACGGGCGUCAGGACAACCACCUUAACAGAAACCGCUAGACGCUCAGUAAUGCGCUGAACAAUAGCAGACGUCUCCAGCUCUGAGCAGUAGCUUAAACCAUCAGCGGACGGUCCGAGGCUUUUACAACUGGUCGCAACUUCAGCGGACUGUUGUGAAAAGUAGUUCGUCUUACGUGUCUGGGCUGACGCACCCAGUUAUACUCACAAUGAAGCAAACAUCAGUGUGAUUAUCCGGUCUGAUUUCUUUAACACGCAGGUAAACAAUCGUGUUCCUAAACUUCUUCUCACAUUUACAACUUCGAAGCGGAAAGCACGUGUCGGCAAGCUUGUAUUUGGCAUUUCAUAAAUGGAAUGCAAAAGCAGACUUCUCAUGGAAAAUUACGUGCACGAUAAGGGAAAAGUCUUGUGGGUUUUGUGCUCUCGAACCCAUCCUGUGUUUUCAAGAGACCUAAAAAGAAUUAAUAAGGUGUCGCAAGGGAAAGUCAAUGCAAUCUUCGGGCUUGUAAUUCUGUUAGCAGCGACCGUUGAUUUACCUAUCCAACGGGAGGUUACUUUAAAGGGCAUGCUUACUGCUAGCACACAAAUUAAUAAGGAUCAGGAGCAUAACAGUUCGGUCCACUGUGUGUAUCACAUCAGGGUGGGAACAGGGAUGGUGACUGUAGCGUAUGCUGCCUGGGCUGUCCGGACAUCAUGCUACAUGCGCGUGACAGGCGAACGAUCAAGGUCGUGCACCCCUGUUCAGGCCAUCUUUGUGUUAAUUGACCAUCCAUCAGCCUAUGAUAUCCCCCCCGGCCAUAUAUCCAGCCGAUUUCACAAGCCUCCUCACUUGUGCCGUCUCUCGUACUCAGUACACGUCCUGUUUCCAACCAACCUUCUGUUUGGAAUACAUAACAGUGACUUGUGCCUGAAUUCGCCUAUAACGAUAGUAGACCUGCGCAGCACCUUCCCCGCUGUCUCCUCCUCCUCCUCCUCCUCCUCCUCCUCCUCCUUCUCCUUCUCCUUCUCCUUCUCCUUCUCCUUCUCCUCCCCCCGCUGGGUCUGA